CCGACAUAUUUUAAGAUCUGCAAAUAAUAACCCAGGAACACUCGACAAAGCUGAUUACUGCCAAGAGUGAUGAAUAAAUGAAUAUAAAAAUACUAUCUUUGUACUGUUAUGAGGAUGAUAUUUUAGAAAAAACACCAACCAUGGAUUACGCAAGGAUUUUAUAUCUCUUUGUUAAUCUUAUUGUUUUGAGGGAAAUUUUACACGCAGAUGCCCUAAACCUUAUUGAAAAGUUGAAACAAGCUAAACUUCAAAAUACAGGAGUUGGUAUAUUCGAGAAAAUUAUCAUAGGCACACAUGGACUCUCUGCACGUGUUAUACGAAAAAAACCGCCACCAGUUGUUGACGACGUUGUUUUUGCCGCAGGAGCAGGGAAUCAGGAUGGGUCGAAAUACAAAGUAUGUGCAGACAUUGUAUUUGCAAAUGAUGCAUCUUGUUCAUUGGCCAACAAAGUCAAGACAGACCAAGUGGACCUCUUAGUCGCUAUAGCGAGUAGAAUAGAGAUUUCAGAUAAAAGUGCAAGAAUUGGGGCGUUUUCUUAUGGUCACAACGUCCAUAAAGAAAGUAAAAUGGAUUUCAGCCCUAGGUCAAAUAGAUCUACCAUUCUGGAUGGAUUAAAUAAUAUCGCAAGAAAUCUAGAUCGUUGUAGGACCAUGCCUUAUCGGGCGAUGAGAGAGUCAAUAAAUUAUUUUACAGGGACCGAUGAUCGAGAUGAUGAUGUAUACAAGGAUGUUUUGAUUUUCAUAGGAGAUGGCUGGACAUCGCCACCGCGGACACGCAAAUUAAAUACAAAAGAGGCAAAACGACUUAAGAAAGAAAAUGUUGAGAUUCUAUGGAUAAAAACAAAAGCGAAAGAAAAUCAUGAAGAAAGGAAGCAAACUAAAAAUGGUGGCACUGCAGAAGAUGUCGAGAUUCUACCGAUUGUAAAAGAUGCCAAUAAAAUCUUUCAAUACCCUCCAGGCCAUCUUGAACGUAUUGCUGAAGAAGUUGGCCAAUUUCUAGCUUCGCGUUAUUUUUGCAAGGAAUAAAUCCACGAUAUUCAUGGUUAAAAGUGGGGCAUGUUUUCGAUUUUGA